AGAAGAAAAGGUCAGCUGACACAAGCUAGCAGCAAACUGGAAACCAUUAGUUUCAAUUGAAAUGGGAAAAACAUUUAACUCCAGAAAAACGUCGUCCGAUUUAGGUCAUUUCUAGUAUCUUUGGCUUCUGUAUAAAUAAAAUAAAAAUAAAAAGCAGAAUGAAAGGUUUAUACUGUCGAGCAGGUGUGAGUGAUGCUGAGCCCAAGUUCGUUAUUCAGGAAACGACUCUCCCAGAUGUUUUAGGCUGCCAUCAGGUCAGAGUUCAGGUUAAGGCUUGUGGACUCAGCCCGCUGGACCUUAAGCUGUUCCGUGAUGUGGGAAUCCAGAGAGAAUUCAUUCCUGUUGGGAGAGAGGUGGCAGGAGUCGUCCUUGAAGUUGGCCCAAAAGUAACAUUCUUUCAGCAGGAGGAUGAGGUUGUCGGUGUCCUUCCCUUGGAUUCUCCCUGCUCUGGACUCUGCGAAGUCAUUGACAUAGAUGAAUAUUAUUUAGUUCAAAAGCCAGAAAAGCUCAGCCCGGACUGUGUCGCGGGAGCACUGCGUGAUGGCCUUCGUGCAUACACUGCUCUGCACACACAUGCUCGCAUUGCAGCCGGACACACACUCCUGGUCAUGGACGGUGCCAGCUCUUUCGGACUUAUGUGCAUCCAGUUGGCUUGUUAUCACGGAGUGAAGGUUAUGACGACGUCACACUCACCACAGAAACACACAUUCCUGGAGCAGCUGCGUCCCAGCGUAGGUGUGCAGGAUCCUUUAGUAGCCAGAGUUAUUCCAGUGCACAGUGGACCGUCAGAUCUGCUGUCUGUGGUUCUGGAGGAGACCGGAGGGCUCGGAGUGGAUAUUGUUGUUGACUCUGGAGUCCGUUUACACGAAGAAGAGGAGGAGAUGGAGGAGAAGAAAUUACUCCCACAUAAACAUGACAUCAUCAGCAUUCUGGGUGUGGGUGGACACUGGGUCACGUCCCAUCAGGAUCUGCAGUUGGAUCCUCCAGAUUGCAGAUUGCUGCAUCUGAAAUCAGCCUCUGUGUCUUUCCUCAAUCCUGAAGUCUGGACAGCUUCAUCAGCUCAACAAGGAAGAUAUCUCCAUAUUCUGAAGGAUAUUGUCGAGAAGAUGUCAGCGGGUGUACUCAGGUAAAACUGGACCUCAGCCAGAGGAAGCUGUUCCUCUGUAUGAAGCCACGGUUGCCAUGGAGACUGUCCAGCGUCAUCCAAAGAAAAAGGCUGUUGUUAAGCUCUGACCAAAAUAAUCACAAUGACUCCACA